CCCCAAGUUGUGUGGAGAAAACGGAUUAGUGAUGAGUUUAGUAAGAGGGGGGCAAAGAAUCAGGAGCUUCAAAGGACUAGCGAGCAAUUAAUGAGAAGAUUCAGGAGCUUUGAAGGACAGCGGCCGGUUACUGAGAAGAACUUUGUUCCUAAAGCUGCGGAUGGAGCGCGUCCGUGACUGGCUGCUGUUGGCAGGUUUGCUGAACACUGUGUGUGCUCAGUUCCCCCGCGAGUGCGUGAGCCCAGAGGCGCUGCGGAGCGGCGAGUGUUGCCCGGCGCCGAGCGGCGCGCCGGGAGAUCGCUGCGGAGCCAGCCGGGGCCGGGGGGUGUGUGCAGACGUACGGGUCGACCUGGCAGCGCACGGCCCCCAGUACCCGCACGACGGCAUCGACGAGCGCGAACGCUGGCCGCUCCGCUUCUUCAACCGCACUUGCCGCUGUGCCGCUAACUUUGGCGGGCCCGACUGUAGUACCUGCCGCUUCGGCUGGACUGGCUCCGACUGUCGCCAGCCUCUGCGGAUCCUCCGCCGGAAUGUGCUGAGCUUGAGCCCAGAUGAGAGGGCCAAGUUGGUGUCGGCUCUACAUAGGGCAAAACUCACUCCCCACCCCGAGCUGGUGGUGGCCACCCGCCGCCGGCCCGAGCUGCUGGGCGCCGACGGCAACAGUCCACAAUUCGACAACAUCUCCAUCUACAACCUCUUCGUCUGGACCCACUAUUACUCGGUAAGCAAGACCUAUCUGGGCGCUGGACGCACCUUCGGCGACGUCGACUUCUCCCACGAGGGGCCCGCGUUCCUCACCUGGCACCGUUACCACCUACUGCAACUGGAGCGAGACAUGCAGGUUAUGUUGGGAGAUCUGACCUUUGCUCUUCCAUACUGGAAUUUUGCUACCGGAAGAAACACCUGUGACAUCUGCACAGAUGACCUAAUGGGAGCCCAAAGCAACUUUGAACCUACUCUUAUAAGUUCUAACUCUGUCUUCUCCCUGUGGCGUAAUCUGUGUGAAAGUUUAGAAGAUUAUGAUACAUUGGGAACUAUUUGCAAUGGCACUGAAGGUGGCCCUAUUCGCCGAAAUCCAGGUGGGAAUGUUGCCAGACCACUGGUGCAACGUCUACCCAAUUCCCAGGAUAUAGCACAAUGUUUAGACAUACCAGCUUAUGACACGCCGCCUUUCUACUCCAAUUCAGCUGAAAGUUUCCGAAAUUCAGUUGAAGGUUAUAGUGACCCUUCAGGAACAUAUAAUCCAGCAGUUCGCAGUUUGCAUAAUCUGGCACAUUUGUUUCUUAAUGGAACUGGUGGACAAACUCACUUGUCCCCAAAUGACCCAAUCUUUGUGUUGUUGCAUACAUUUACUGAUGCAAUAUUUGAUGAGUGGUUGAAGAGAAGCAAAGCAGAUACAUCAAUCUUUCCAGUUGAAUAUGCUCCCAUCGGUCAUAAUGGAGCAUACAAUAUGGUUCCUUUCUGGCCUCCUGUUACAAAUCUGGAAAUGUUUUUGCCAGCAUCUGAAUACCUUGGUUACAGCUACGAAGUUGAAUGGCCAAAUGAGCCCCUCUCAUUGUUGGAGAUGAUUACAGUGGGGAUUCUGGCAGCUCUGGUACUGAUUGCUGUAGUUUAUACCCUGUCGACCAUCGUUUUACACAAGAUGAGGAGAAAGCAGCCUGCCAGUGAAUCGAAUGAACCUCUCUUAAAUACUCCACAGCAACACUACUCACAUUAUAAUGAAUCAACCAUACUCCAAAAUGUAGCUUAAUCUACUACUAUGAUUGCAUCUUUUGGUUUUAUUUGUCAUGUUUAUGACCCAGUCUAAUGACAUACUGCUUGAGAAACAGAAUAGCUUCCUGUUCAUACAUCACACAAGAUGUUAUCCAUGGAAUUUAGAUGCUGCCCUUGUAAUCAGUGAAAUAAUCCACUCAGUAUUGUAAUAAAAAAUUUUCCUUACUGUUUCUGAAAGCCUUUCAAUAAAAUUUCAAAUUGAGAAACAUUGGAGAUAAUUUGUAAGCCUUGUUUAGUUAAGUAAGAAUGAUGACAUUUAUACUGAUGUAAAUUGUAUCUUAAAUAAACUACAUUACUGGC